GCAACUGCAACGAGUCUAAAUGUCGGUCUACAAGAGGACUCGCGCUCCUCGCAGCUACGGACUUUUCUUCACAAUGAGGAAUAUAUAAGUCGUGCAGAUCUUUCGUUCUCGUUCUCUCAUUCAGAACAUUUGUCGGUAUUCCCUCCGAGAAUGUAAAUUAUAAAUUGAGCAUCACCUUAGUAUCUCAUUGGCAUCCUGAUUCAUCGCGCAAGAGAACAGGGUCUAAGUAGGUAAAUGCAUCAUGUAGUUCUACUUCGUUCUAUUAAGAAAAUAAAAAUAUUCGUCGACGUCGUUGGAAGUUGUACUAGCUCUGCAAACAGUCGUUAUUUCUUUUCAGUACCAUAAAAUCAGUAAUCGCGUUCCGGCAAGGUUGUUUAUCACCAUGGCUUUAUCAUGCUUCGGUACCAGAGAAACGUACCAGUUUCUUAUGUUGGGCCCUCACAAUGCGGGGAAAACCACUCUGCUCUACAAAUUGAAACUUGGAGACAACUGGAAAAAGCAGGAGAUCAUUCGCGACAUGAAAAGUAUCAAAGACAAGGAAGAUUCAGGGUACUAGAAUCCUUUUUUCAGUGCUAAACUGUUGCAGUCCUACGAGCUAAUGACUACGGCGUAAGUGUUUCUCUACUUGAACCACGAGGGUCGUACUCAAAGAAAUGAUUCGAGAAUCAAUCUUCACAACGCCAAAUGUAAGCACUGUUCCAACCGAUCGAGGGAAGUGGUGCUAGCCUGUGGAAUGUGAUGAGAUAAAAAUAAUCUUUUCCAUCAGUGCCGGGUGCCACUACGAGGAGUUUCGGGGCAAAGGGAUGACCUAUGGGAUAUGGGACCUUCCAGGGAAGAAAGCCGCACGAACUCUGUGGCCGAUUUUUUACCGGUUUCUUCAAAUUGAUGCGGUGCUUUUGUGUCUGGAUAAGAUGGUGCUGCUAGACCAGUCGGCAGAGGCCCUGGAGACCUGCGAAGAGCUGAAGAAGCUGAUCGCUUUUAUGGUACACGAGCCCGAACUUCGAAGCGCCGCGUUUGCCAUCUUACUAAACGAAAAAGACAACGUCAAAGAGCUCGAAGACCUCAGGUAUAGUAUGAAUAUGUAAUUGAUUCUCUAUUGCUUUAUUCAUUCUGUGAUACUAGCGUGUUCGAUUUACAUGUAGUAUACUCGAGCCAAGGAAUCCAUUGCAUACAGGAAGUGCCUGUAGUUUCCCUUCGAAUUUGAUUGCACCGCAUUUCAGCGACCGGGAUUGCCGCGAGAUUCUUGGAUUGCACGAACUCCAGCUGGUCAGCGAGGACAGGAUAAUGAUUUUUACCCUGAACACCGCAGACGUCAAUGAGAGUUCAGGCGUAUGGCCGAAAAUUCUUGAAUUUUUCAAGCGGCAAAUUUUGGCGGCCUCAAAGGAUUGA